GUGGGGAUUUUCACUCUAUAACCUUCCGAGGCUGUAAAAGACACAGCCAUUUGCCUCACUGUCCCUGUAUAGGUCCAUCUUUUUAUGGUCAACUGUGCUGCCCAUCCCCCUCUGUUGGUUAACUGCCUGUCGGCAGUUGGAUGAGCUGGCUGUAAACCACACCAGUUCUGCUAAUUAAUUUAUGUCCCCUAACUGCAAGGCUGGCUCCCGUCAUUGUACUGGAGUAGUUUUCAGCUGGGUGCAGAGGUGAUCACUUGUGUUUUUUGGUUUGGGGCGGUAUUGUAGUAGAAAGGCAAAUGAAACAGCUGUGGAUGGUCUUCAGCAUCAUAUCCACUAUCUAUCACCUAGAGGACCAUUGUGGUCCCGUCCUGUAAACGGCGCCAGUGCAAGCAGGCUGGCACAUAGAGAAAGAAGAAGAGAGAGCAGAAGGAAAAAGGGGGAAGAGGGGGUAGGGUGGCUGCAGGGAGAAUCUGGAGGAGAGAAUGGUCGGGGAACAGGCUGGAUGCCCACCUCAGCUCCUCCUGUGGGGAUGGGGAGCUCUGCUGCUGUCUCAGUGCCUGUUCUCGGUGCUCUCCCAGGUCCCGGAUCCUGAGCUUUUACCCACACUACCCCCGAAGAAGCCUGACCCUGUCACUUCAGAGACUGUUGUUUUCUGGGGCCUGCGAUUAUGGCAGGUCAUUGGAAUCUUUUCAAUGUUUGUGUUGGCUGUUGUGAUCACUCUGUGCUGUAUUUUCAAAUGCCGGAUCCCACGCACAAAAAAGGAAAUCGAGGCACGGCAUGCACAAAGACAGGCUGCCAAAAAAUAUGCCAACACAUUAGAGACAGUGCCACCUCUGAAUGAGCUGACUGAGGUCCCAGGAUCUGCAAAAGCAGAAGAAAAGCCUAUCGUUCCAACAGUGUCUGGGAAAGUGGAUGCUGAAAAAGGAGACAAGAAGAGCAAGGAGGGAAGGAAAGACAAGAGUGCCAAAGACGGGAAAGGGGAUGACAAGGAUGCUUCUACAAAGAAGAAGGGUGAAAAGGGGGAGAAAGGAGAAAAGGGAGCAGCCAAGAAAGAAGCUGGGGAAGGAAAAGGGAAGAAGGACGACAAAGGAGAGAAGGGUGAAAAAGGAGGCAAAGCAGGGGCUAAAGGAGGGGGCAGAAAAUCUCAAAAGUGAACUCUGAUCCCCUUUAAUCAAAGAAAAAGAUAAAUGGUUUAUUUUUCACUCAGCAAAUACUAUGCUUUUCUAAAACAAAAUUUGUACUUUCUAUUUAAAAUAAACUUAAAUCAAUGUCAGAAACUGUCACUUUGUUUUUGAGUAAAAGUCAGAGAAAAACAGCAGAAAAUAGUAAAAUUACAGAUUUAUUGUUUUAUAAUAUUUACACUCAUAUCUACAAAUGCCUUCAUUACAGCAGACCGAAGAGAGGGAGGGAUGUGUCCAAGCAAAUACUGCCAAAAUACUAUAGCUUUACACAAGGCUUGAAAACUAAUGCCACUUCCACUGAGUACAUUUUAGCAUAAAUAAAUGACAUCAAACACACUUUUUACCUCCAUAAGAGGUAUUUAAAACAGUUACAUUAGCUCUUUGAAAAUUGGCCUGCAAAUUCUGAAACACAAUCAUUGUAUGAGGGAAAAGAAAAACAGAACAAAAUGUUGUAGAAACGGAAAAUAAAGUGCAUAAAUAAAAACAAGUAUUGUUUUUGUAAAUGUACUCUAAAUCUUAUGGACCUUUUUACACAAAGGAUUUAAACAAUAAUCAAAUUUAUGUUUACAUAUUUUAUGUAAACAAUAUCCACUUUGAAAUUGAAAAUAUAUAUAUAUAUAUAAAUAUAAGUGAUAUUAAGUGUCAUUUUCCCAUGGCUUAUAGGAGCUGACACUUUCUUGUCCCAUUAGAUCAAUCAGGUGUUUUAGAUCUACUAAACCUUCUGUUGUAGUUGCGACAGAUGGAAGAAAUAAGGUGGAAAUAUUUUUACAUUUCCACAAUGCUGGUGGUGUUGUGAAUAAUACUGUAAAACCCUAGAAAAUUAU